AAUGACAGCAAAAUAGUCACCAGCCGAGUUCAUUGCCGCAUUAACAUUGGCUAAGGACCAACUAGACGUUGAUCAACUUCAGACCGAGAUCGAAGCGCUCCUCUUCUCUCAUACAGAGCUCACAAACUUUUCAUAACAUCACUUACGGCAGAGACAAGAAGUCAACAAGCUUCACCAGGAUCUCCAGAUACACUUUCCACCUCACAGAGAAAGGAAGAACCGCCCAUCAUGUCCGGCGAACCCGAACAAAAAAACAACGACACCGCCACCCACGAAAACAUGUACGACUCCGAAAAAGCCGUCCAACGCAACCCCCACGGAAACUUCAAAGAAGUCGAAGCCUCCCGUCCAGACUUCGACACCCAAACCCAAUGGCACUACACCAAAACCAAAAACCCCUCCUGGAAACCUGGCCAAGGCGCAAACGACAACGGAGCCUCCCUCAAAAAGAAACACAUAUCCAUCGACCCUUAUGCCGAAGGCCGUCCCGCCACAUUCAACUACAAACUCCUCAUAAGCGCCAUCAUCCCCCGACCCGUAGGCUUCAUCUCCACACGCUCAAAAGACGGGACUUCCACCAACUUAGCCCCCUUCUCAUACACCCAAAUGGUAAACCACGACCCACCAGUCUUCAUAAUCGGCUACGCAGGCGGCCUCGAUCGCGCAAAAGACAGCUUACGCAACCUCCUCGAAACCGAAGAAUGCACAAUCAAUAUCAUUUCUGAACACUAUCUCGAAGCGGCGAAUGCCACUUCUGUGAACGCCCCUUAUGGAGUUUCGGAAUGGGCUCUGACGGGUCUGACGCCUGGAGAGACAGAAGUUGUGAAACCUAGUAGAGUCAAAGAGGCGGUGUUUUCUGUCGAGGCGAAAUUGAUGAAUACGCAAGAAUUUGAAAGUCGGGCGACACCGGGGAAGAAGACCGGAGUGUUGGCUGUUGUGGAGGGGGUGAGAUUUUGGGCGAGAGAGGAUGCGAUUAAUGAGGAGAGGAAUUUGAUUGAUCCGAAUGUCCUGCGUCCCAUUGCCCGUCUCGGAGGCAUCACUUACGCACGCGUGCUUGAGGGCAUCGAGCUUCCGCGACCUGAUUGGGAAGAGCUCAAGAAAGAAGCAGAGCCAGCAGGUCUCGUGAAGCCGAAGCGUGAUGACCAAUGACUGUCUGUACCUCGACAGCGUCUCUGAGACAUAGACAUAGAGUGAGAUGGAUAAAUGAGAAAGGUAGCGUCCAAAUCAAGAGCUUCCGUCCUGUUCGCAGCUAGAAAGCUAUUUUCUCUUUUUGCAUCUUAUACAAUCCUUCCAAGCAAAGGCGACCAGUCGGCCGCCGCCGUUCUGCAAAUCGCACAGACGGCUGAAGGCUAUAUACCUUUGCCUCACACUUCCGCGGCUCGGACGCAUGCAGUAUCCGCCGGAGUGAAGGCAGAAGCCAUGCACAGCCUGCUCCGUGUUAAGAAAGUG